AAAUAUAUCAUAACAUUUGUAUUUUUGUUUACCAUCAUGUUACUGGAAGGAGUUUGCAAGACACGCGCGUGGUAUGCGAGUGGGGUUGUAAUAGAAGACGUAGUUAAGAUUUAGAAAGCAAAGAUUAAACAUGUUGUGUAAGAGAAGCUGAUUAAUUGUUAAUUAGUUUAGGGGAGCUGCAAAAUAAUAGGAAACGGAAAUAAGAGAGAAAAAGAAAGGAGGAAGCCCACUUUGCCACUUUAAUAUCUUGCACGCAUCCAAUAUACCACACCACACCACACCACAACAACAACAAAGAAGAAGAAGAGCUCCAAGAAGACAAAUACACGAUUUUUGAUCGGUGUACAUAAAGUCUGCAAUGCCCUUACCCUUUGAAGCGUUUCAAGGGAAGGGGAUUUCUUGUUUCUCUUCUUUCUCGUCUUCCUUCCCCCAACCACUGUCUCCGCUUUUGAGCCGCCGCAAAGUAAGAGGCGGCGAAGAAGAAGAGGAAGAAGAAGUUCCCGCGGCGGAGCCUACCUCUGUUCUGGACGUCCUCAUAAGCCCAACCUCCUCCUCCACGGUGUCUUCCUCUCACGGCGGAAACAGCGCCGUCGGAGGCGGCGGCGACGCCACCACCGAUGAGCAAUGCGGAACCAUUGGGUUGGGUGAUUGGGAGCAAGUUCCUCAUGACCACGAACAGAGCAUUCUCAGACUCAUCAUGGGAGAGUCCACAGAUCCCUCUCUUGAACUCAACAGCAUUCUCCAAACCUCUCCCACCUUUCACGACUCUGACUACUCAUCACCCGGUUUCGGAGUCGUCGAUACCGGCUUCGGUUUAGACCACCACUCAGUUCCGCCGUCGCAUGUCCCCGGCCUUCUGAUCAGCCAAAGUCAAACUCACUACACACAGAAUCCUGCGGCCAUCUUCUACGGCCACCACCACCAUACACCUCCGCCGGCAAAGAGGCUCAACCCUGGUCCCGUGGGGAUAGCAGAGCAGCUGGUUAAGGCAGCAGAGGUCAUAGAGAGCGACACGUGUCUAGCUCAGGGGAUAUUGGCGCGGCUCAAUCAACAGCUCUCUUCUCCCGUCGGGAAGCCAUUAGAAAGAGCAGCUUUUUACUUCAAAGAAGCUCUCAACAAUCUCCUCCACAACGUCUCCCAAACCCUAAACCCUUAUUCCCUCAUCUUCAAGAUCGCUGCUUACAAAUCCUUCUCAGAGAUCUCUCCCGUUCUCCAGUUCGCUAACUUCACCUCCAACCAAGCCCUCUUAGAGUCCUUCCAUGGCUUCCAUCGUCUCCACAUCGUCGACUUCGACAUCGGCUACGGUGGCCAAUGGGCCUCUCUCAUGCAGGAGCUCGUUCUCCGCGACAACGCCGCUCCUCUCUCCCUCAAGAUCACCGUUCUCGCUUCUCCGGCGAACCACGACCAGCUUGAACUUGGCUUCACUCAAGACAAUCUCAAGCACUUCGCCUCUGAGAUCAACAUCUCCCUUGACAUCCAAGUUCUUAGCUUAGACCUCCUCGGCUCCAUCUCGUGGCCUAACUCGUCGGAGAAAGAAGCUGUCGCCGUUAACAUCUCCGCCGCGUCCUUCUCGCACCUCCCUUUGGUCCUCCGUUUCGUGAAGCAUCUAUCUCCGACGAUCAUCGUCUGCUCCGACAGAGGAUGCGAGAGGACGGAUCUUCCCUUCCCGCAACAGGUCGCACACUCGCUGCACUCACACGCCGCUCUCCUCGAAUCCCUCGACGCCGUCAACGCCAACCUCGACGCAAUGCAGAAGAUCGAGAGGUUUCUGAUACAGCCGGAGAUAGAGAAGCUGGUGUUGGAUCGUAGCCGUUCGAUCGAGAGACCGAUGAUGACGUGGCAAACGAUGUUUCUGCAGAUGGGGUUCUUACCGGUGACGCACAGUAACUUCACGGAGUCUCAGGCGGAGUGUUUGGUUCAACGGACGCCGGUGAGAGGCUUUCACGUCGAGAAGAAACAUAACUCUCUUAUCCUCUGUUGGCAAAGGACAGAACUCGUCGGAGUUUCCGCAUGGAGAUGUCGCUCCUCCUGACUCCGCCGGAGAUUCAAUUAUUAAAAAUUUCUUUUACAUAACUCAAUUAUCUAAAUGACAUAUUUUUAGUUUCCGAUUUUAAUUAUUUUGCUCAGUGCGAUGGAUUUUAAUUUUAAGUUUCACACCAAUUUAUAAAUUUUGUGAAAUUAGUAAUUAAUUGUCUGAUUAUCAAACAAUUAUAGUAUAACACAUUCAAUUUCAUUGUGGGGAUUAUUUUUGGUCGA